AGUAUUUUUACAAUCUUUGAUCUUUGAUCGUUUAUCAUUGAUAUAAGGCAACAAAAGAAGAACUUUGAGCGAUUUUAGAUUGAAUUGGUAAUUGGUAAUUUUCUAUUUUUACCAAUCACGUCGUGUUCAACUGUGCAAAGUAUUGUGUAAACAUCGUUUUAGUGAGUGAAGUUGUUGCCGUGAUUACGUGAAUGUAAACAUUGAUUAACCUCGAAAACUCUACAAGAAACCCACAGUUAUGGAGAAACCAAGCUCUAGAGGAAUGGAAAAAACUUCACUCCCCUCUUUGACAACCGUAGAAAACAAUCAAAUGGCUAUGCGACAAGAAACACUUAGUCGUAUGGAUUUUCUUGAAGACAGGCUGAUGUAUCAAGAAAAGACGACAAGAUCGCUAAUUGAGAGAGCACUGCGCGCUAAAGAGGACAUCGUAGAGAGCCUGAAUUAUGCGCAAAUGAGUUGGCAAGGAGAGAAAAAAGCGAGGGCAUUACUACAAGAACAUAUUCGUACCAUUACUUCUGUUGUCAAACGACUUAGCCGAGAGAUAGAAGUUUUGGAAGAUGAGAUACGUUCAAAGGAGAGCAAGCUUGAGGGAAACAAGACGGCGUUCAAAAACCUCGAGUUACACCAUGUCGCUGGAGUUACAGACUUGAGAGGAAGGGUCGCGAGAUGUGAUCAUGCAAUUGAAAGACUUGUAGCUGAUGUGAGAGGCUGUGCUGAAGCAAUUCAUGAAUUAAGACAGAAACAAGAAUACAGUUCUAAAACUACUCAUGAUAAAAUCCAGGAUUUACAAUCUGCUAUCAAUGAACUGACCUUAAAAUUUGAGAAGUUCAUUGCUGAACAAUCUACAAAUAUCCAGAGGGUUAAAGGUGAAGCAGAUGAACAAGUAACAAGGCUUGAUUCCAAGACAAAAUCUGUAGUCGAAGACCUGAGGGGAACCAUAUCUUCCAGUCGUCAAUGGACAGAAAGUGAAUACUCAAAACUUGCAAGGGAUUUUCAAGAGAGAAUUGAACGAAUGGAAGGGAUAAUGUUUGAAAGGCAAAACAAACUGGAAAACAGAGUUGAAACGUAUCUUUCAAAAAUCGAAAAACUGUUAGAGGAAGAGAAGGGGAAGUAUUAUAACAUAUGGGAGGUGCGUCUCAAAGAGACCAAGUCUGCACAAGACAGAGCACUGAGUAACACUGCAGCAUCGAUGAGGCAAGAGUACAAUCAAGGCUUUAUUACCAUUCAUGAAAGUGUUACAAGUCUACAAAAAGUGUUUGAUGCAAAGCUAAAACUUGCUGAGGAUAAUUUACAAAAGUCUAUAAAUAAUGUACUGCGCAUGGUGGUACUUACAUAGUGUUUGAUCACACUAUAUUUCAUGUAGGAUAAAGUAUUCUUAGAGUUAUAGCCAUUCUAAAAACAUACGAUUGCCAUCAAGUAGCUAUAGUCAGAAUCAAAACUGCAAAAGCAAAACUGGGUAUAUAUAAUGAACUAGUUUUUGAUUGACAUUGUCCAAAGCUCAUGUUUUUGUUUAAAGAACUUGCUACUCCUUAGUACUAUAAAUGAUUGGCAGUAGUUGUAAGUUAACAAGUUUUGGGUGGCAAAAUUCUAGAUGUAAAUAGCAUAAUGACAAACAAAGUGUUAGUUGUAUAGAAUUUCCUUUUCCUGCCUUUCAUGAGCAUAUUAAAUUUAUCACACAAUAGACCAAUCAUCUUGGUGCAAUGGUUCAUAUUUAGACCAGGUGUCAUUCCCUAGAGAAUGAUUCUUUGUUUAUUGUCUUCUUAUGCACAACCAUUAAACCAAGAAUCAUACUCUAGGGAAUGACACCUUGACAUGGUCUGUAAUGGGGAAACAUUGAACCAAGAUGAUUUAGGUAUAUUCAAAAGCUCAACGAAUGUAAUUGGAGUUACAUAUCAAUGUGUCUAAUUUCUUCGUAAGCUAAUGGAAUGUCAUAACAUAACAUAUAUUACUUGGGUGAUAAUUUAAAGAAAUAGAGAUUAAUAAUGUAAUCAAA